AUAUGGUCAGUUGUGACUCGUUUCUCGUAGAAGCCGCUCGUUAGCGCCAGAUUUUUACAUUGACCAGCACGCUGCCACCAUGCACGACACAAUACGCCAUCAGUUAGAACAAGACGGCUAUACGAUCUUAGAAGACUUCCUGCGACCAGCGGAAUGUGACGAGAUGCUGGAAGCCGGGAGGGAGCUUACCAAGAGUAUACCUUCCAAAGAAGACAGGGUCAUAUUCUCCACUAUCAACUCCGCUGAGAAACCGCAUCUGAAAGAAGACUACUUUCUAAACAGCAACGACAACAUAAGCUACUUCUUCGAGGACGCCGCAGUCAAACCCGACGGGGAGCUCACCGUCGACCCUAGCAUAUCAUUAAACAAAGUGGGGCACGCGUUGCACCUUCAGCACCCGAUCUUCAGAUGCUACACGUAUAGCGAGCGAGUGAAGACAGUCUGUCGCGAGCUCGGCUUCCAGGAGCCGGCUGUGGUGCAGUCCAUGUAUAUUUACAAAAACCCCGGUAUUGGAGGCGAAGUCACUCCGCAUCAAGAUGCGACAUAUCUAUACACGGAACCGGUUCCUCCCAUCGGCUUCUGGAUAGCCCUGGAAGACGCCACGGUUCAGAACGGCUGCCUCUGGAUGGUGCGAGGCUCCCACACGUCAGGGGUCCAUCGGCGACUCAUACGGAACCCGGAUAAGACCAGCCCAGAGACUCUGAUUUACGACCGGCCGGCACCCGUGUACCCGCAAUCAUGCUUCACUCCUAUACCUGUUAGCAGAGGUACAUGUGUCCUGAUCCACGGUAACGUCGUGCACAAAAGUGCUCCCAACAAGUCUGAGAAGAGUCGCCACGCGUACACCUUCCACGUUAUAGAAAAGAAGAACAACAAAUUCUCAGAAGACAACUGGCUACAAGAAGGGGAGAAAGCACCUUUUGUUAACAUAUAUACCACGCCGCAAAUGAUUUAAAAAGAAAUACUGUUGUAUUUAGGACUUAGCACAAAUAUGAACCUGAACAUUUAAGCUGGAUUCGGCGUGAUCGAUGAGAUUACAGUUUUUUUUUUUUUUGACAUUAUUAAGAGCCAUGAGUGGCCACUGCAGACUAAACGGUCAGUCGACAGUCGACCCGAUGGUUGACAUUUUUUUUUAAAGAGAUCUUGAUUCCGAUCAAGUUCUCAAGUCUCAGUCGGUUCAAGUCUGGCGUACAUAAGGUUGCUUUAUCAAAAGCGUGUAUACCACAUUAAAUGUUGCUUUUCACUUUUGAUUCUUGCUCAUAAGAAUUGAAUCGGUUGGGUGUGACAGUCUUAAAAGUUAAAGUUGAUGAUUUAAAACAUUAUAUUUAAUUGAAACAACACUAUCUUUUAAAAGCAAGUUUUUUGUUGUAAUUAAGAUGACAAUGAGUAUUGCAAGUACCACGUUGGAUUCAGUGAAACUGCUUCAGAAACAGAGAACAUGGUAUUUUGGUUACCAAGCAACGAUGUUAACGAAGACUUUAAAAUAUAUUUUUUGAUAAAUUUUCUGUACACAUGUGAUACUAUGUUUGCCAUUUUUUGAUUAAGAAUAAAAAUCAUUUUACUUUGUAA